CAAUCACCCUGUCUAUAAGAGGUGUAGGCUCCCCUCUAUCCUUUGCCAACUUGUGGAGUUGCUUCAGUGUUGUUGUUAUGAUUGGCCAACAUAUUCAAGAUAAGUCUUGUUUUCCCUGGUUUCAUGUGUAAAAUAACCAUUGUUACUACAUGCUUGGGAUUAUGCUGUUGUGCUACGUCAAGAUACUCACCUCUGUCAAGUCACACACCAUCUGUAUCCAGUCAAAUCACAAUCAAGUCAGGAUACUAGUGACUAAUACAACAUAUCUAGUCUGAUGCUGCUUCUGGGUCCAUAAACAGACCUUACCCCAAUAUAACAGUUUUGCUAUUUAUCGCAGUGACUAAUAUAUCAUGGGAAAAACAUUACAUCCUUGUAUUUUCAAUAUUUAUGGAAAAUAAUCUUUUUAAAGGAACUUAAGACUGCAACCUGUCACUUGCAAUCAUUUUUUAGGGUAGAAAAUUAAACAACUGAUCAAAAUUAAACAUUCAAAUAAGGAAACAAAUGUAGUGUAUCACAUUAUUCACAUUACAAUCACCAUAUGAGUGAAUCAUUGUACAGAUUGUACAGGUUAUAGUGCCACCAAGAGGUAGGAAGUAAGAAAAUCAACACAGCCCCAACCUAAAUUUGAAAAUACAAGGGGAAAGGAGGAGGAUGAACAUGGUGCUAAUUUCCACUCAUCUGCUUAUUUUAACCGGUGUAUUGUAUUACCAUAUACUGGGUGAGAGAUUUUAAAUGAUAGUAUAGUAACAUAACACACACUUUUCUAAAAAGCUGACAUUACCUUCAUGUGAGUAGAAGCUCAUUCUGAGAAAACAAAGGGUUAAAUAGUUGAGUCACUGUGGUUUUUUUUUUUAGCCCAGUCAUUGCCAGAGAAUGGGUUGGGAUCCACAGAUAGGGUCAUCUGAGAAUUAUUAUUUUAUUUUUUGCUAUUGUUGUCUAAUCAUUUUGCAGUUUUUUUAACCCUUUACUUAAGAUUGAUAAAAUGUAUCAUGAGGCAUAAGUUGUGAAUCAGUUAUCAAACAUGUCUCUUCGAAAUGGCUGGUUUACUUAUUCAAAAUAAUAUUGGGUGAUACAUAAAUGUGUGUUUGGGCAUCACUGAUUUACUUCUGUCUUAAUCAAACCAACUGAUAAUGAUUCUAAAAAGGAAAAAAAAACACAAAUCUAAGUUACUUAAAGUUAAUUAAAUUAUCAACGCUGUAUAAAAGUAAUUCUGAUGGCAGGACGAUUUUUUCACAUUAAGUGCACUAUUUAUUAAAAUUAUUGCACUUGAAACCUUUUGAGGGGGCAUUUAUGCUAUGGCAGCUAGAAUUUAGAUGGUCAGUUAUGUAACAGUAACAGUUAUUAUAAUUUUAUAAUUUGUACAGGAGACAGGAUCAUAUUAGGGGAAACACGCCUCAAAGUGAUCUCGUUCUAGAAAGAACGAGGUGGUCUCAAAUUCAGGGGUGUGAUUAAAAUUAAACGUAAUUUUACAAAACAGCUAUUUAUUUAUAUGUUGUCGCUGUGUGUUUAGCAGGGAAACGCAGCGUUUAAAUGUGUAUAAUAAAUCCUCAACGAGAAUAAAAUCAGUGCACCAUGAGGCUUUUGGGUUUAGCCCACCCCCGUCUACCUGUAAGAUGGUAUGACCAGGCAAUUUAAAGUCUACGUUGUGUAACUUUAGCUGAACGGCGCCAACGAGCAGACGAAGGGAAAGAACACGGUCAAAACUCGCCGAGUCAUCCUGAAACACUGUCACAAUGGAGUGGACCGCCAUGGAAAUUAACCCCGAGAUGCUCAACAAGAUGAUGGACAAACUCGGCGUGGGUGACAGCUGGCGCUUCGUGGAUGUGCUGGGGCUGGAGGGUGAGCAACUCUCCACCGUCCCGGCACCAUGUUGUGCCCUCAUGCUGCUCUUCCCACUCACACAACAGCAUGAGUCUUUCAGACAGCAGCAGGUGGGCAAUAUUGCAGAAGACUCCAAGGCUUAUUUCCUGAAGCAGACAGUAGUCAAUUCCUGUGGCACCAUUGCCCUGCUUCAUGCUGUGGCCAACAAUCAGAGCAAAGUGACCUUCAAUUCUGAUUCUGCCUUAAAGAAAUUCCUAGAUGAGACUGCAAACAUGUCUGCUGAUGACCGUGCCAAACAUCUGGAAAAGAACCAGGCAAUCUGUGAUGCUCACAGUGAGGUCGCAGUGCAGGGCCAGUGCAGGCCGGAAGCUGACAAAGUCAACUUCCACUUUAUUGCCUUUGUCAAUGUGAAUGGACAACUUUAUGAAUUUGAUGGGAGAAUGAACGGGCCAGUGAAACAUGGAGCCACCAAUGAAGAAUCCUUCAUAAUGGAUGCAUCCAAAGUGUGCCGUGGAUUUGUGGAAAGGGAGCAAGGUGAAGUCCGCUUCUCUGCUGUGGCUCUUUGUCGCAGUUAGAUCAUUGGUAGAGAACGAUAUCAUCAACAGAGAUGUCUGUCUGCAUUCACAUGGCCAACGCAAUCAGCAGGCACCCACAGUGACCUGUGCACACACAUACAUCUGCAGACACUAUGCACAAUAAAGCACACAUUGUUUCCACACAUUGCACUCUCAUCUCACGAACAAAGCAUUCUUUCGCAUUAGCACAUGCCCACUCAUACUAUCAAAAACCCUUUCGUUCUGCUUACACUAACUAAUACAAGCUGGUCCAAAUAUCUUUUUUCUGUUUUCUCAUGUAGCUGUGAAAACUGUAAAACUUGAAGACCGAUGUUGUUCCAGUUUUUUUUGUGUGUUAUUAUUGGUGCGUCUGUGUCCAACUGGGAAAAAAAAUAAUACACCGUCUUUUGUGCCUGUUUGUUUAAAAACAAAAAUCUACAUUUGAAUGCCACCAUUUGCUGUGUGGUCGAGGUUGUAAGAAUCUUACAUUCCCGAAGGAAGCCCAAAUGUGUCUGUAGGAAUAAUCUCACCGUUGUUCAGAGCAUGCAUGCAACCUUUUGCAUCGUAUUCUUGGGUGUCAUACUGACAUUUCCCUGAAACUCUGUGUUCUCUCAGAAGUUUAAAUUUAAAAUGGAGAAUUACAACAUUAGCGGCAGAUCACAGAAACGUUCUUUGGGCCAUUUUCUUUUUGUUUUAAAUGCACUUUAUUUGAAAAUGUCUCUGAAUGAUCUCAAUGCCCUCAUAGUCAAAUGCACUGAUACUGUGUUAGUUUAACACUAAAACAAAAAAUUUGAAAAUUUGCUGCUGUAUGUUGCGGUUGUUCAGGAUGAUUAGUUCUGUAUACCCAAGCUGUGUUAAAUUUGUUUACUUUUCUGCACUUUGCAAAUACUGUUGUAGUUCUGCUGGUGAUGCGGCUGUGAAAAUUCAAUAAAGCAUCCAUUAAAAUUAAAA